UGUGGUUUUUUAGUCAUUGCCGUUAGCAGGAAAUCAAGCACUGGACCACCACUCUGAGGCGAAACAAAGACAUUUAUAAAACACGAAUAGCAUAGCCUCCUUUAGGUUGGGGGAAAAGUUUAAAUCAAAGUUGAUCAAAACAGAGCGUGAUUUGGACGAUUUCUCAUAUUGGGCACCUUAUCUAAUGGACAAAAGUUUUUGUUGACUACAAUUCCUGACAGUGACUAGUAAGAAUCGCAAAAAUGCCGAAGACGAUUAGUGUGCGUGUUACCACAAUGGACGCUGAGUUGGAGUUUGCCAUCCAGCCCAACACAACGGGAAAGCAACUAUUUGACCAGGUUGUGAAGACAAUCGGACUGCGGGAGGUGUGGUUCUUUGGACUACAAUACCAGGAUACAAAGGGUUUCUCAACAUGGCUCAAACUCAAUAAGAAGGUGACUGCCCAGGAUGUGAGAAAGGAAAGUCCGCUACUGUUCAAGUUCCGUGCCAAGUUCUUUCCUGAGGAUGUGUCAGAAGAGCUUAUCCAAGAGGCCACCCAGAGGCUGUUCUUCCUGCAGGUGAAGGAGGGAAUCCUGAAUGAUGACAUCUACUGCCCCCCUGAGACAGCUGUGCUGCUUGCCUCGUAUGCCGUGCAGGCCAAGUACGGAGACUACAACAAGGAGCUUCACUCGCCAGGAUACCUGUCCAGUGACAAACUGCUCCCUCAGAGAGUUCUGGACCAGCACAAGCUCAAUAAGGAGCAAUGGGAGGAGAGGAUCCAGGUGUGGCAUGAGGAACACAAGGGCAUGCUCAGAGAGGACUCAAUGAUGGAGUACCUGAAGAUUGCUCAGGACCUGGAGAUGUAUGGUGUGAACUACUUCAGCAUUAAGAACAAAAAAGGAUCAGAGCUGUGGUUAGGGGUUGAUGCCCUUGGACUCAACAUCUACGAACAGAAUGAUAAGAUGACACCUAAAAUUGGAUUCCCAUGGAGUGAAAUCAGAAAUAUUUCCUUCAAUGACAAGAAGUUUGUCAUCAAACCCAUUGACAAGAAAGCACCAGACUUUGUAUUCUAUGCACCACGACUGCGUAUCAACAAGCGUAUCCUGGCACUUUGUAUGGGCAACCAUGAGCUGUAUAUGCGUCGCCGCAAACCGGACACAAUUGAGGUACAGCAGAUGAAGGCUCAGGCCAGAGAGGAAAAGAACCACAAGAAAAUGGAAAGAGCACUGUUGGAGAAUGAAAAGAAGAAGAGAGAACUGGCUGAAAAAGAAAAGGAAAAAAUUGAAAAGGAAAAGGAGGAUCUUAUGGAGAGACUGCGACAGAUUGAAGAACAGACAAAAAAAGCUCAGCAAGAGUUGGAAGAGCAGACACGGAGAGCCCUGGAGUUGGAACAGGAGAGAAAGCGUGCUCAGGAGGAGGCAGAGCGCCUGGAGAAAGAGCGCAGAAUGGCUGAAGAAGCCAAGACUGCCCUGCUUCAGCAGUCUGAGAACCAGAUGAAGAACCAGGAACACUUGGCCACUGAACUGGCUGAACUGACUUCAAAGAUAUCCCUUCUGGAGGAUGCCAAGCAGAGGAAGGAGGAUGAGGCAAUGCAAUGGCAACAGAAGGCCUGCAUGGUUCAGGAAGACCUGGAGAAGACCAAAGAAGAGCUGAAGAGCAAAGUCAUGGCAUCCCAUGUUCAGGAGCCUGUGCAAGCUGAGAAUGAGCAUGAUGAGAACGAUGAGAGCAGUGAUCAGGCCAGUGCCGAAUUCACGGGCGGCAUCUCUUAUAAAGACCGCAGCGAGGAGGAGCGCAUGACCGAAGCCGAGAAGAAUGAACGUGUGCAGCAGCACCUGCUGGCUUUGAGCUCGGAGUUGGCUAAUGCUCGGGAUGAGACCAAGAAAACUGCAAAUGACAUCAUCCAUGCGGAGAACGUGAGAGCCGGACGGGAUAAGUACAAGACCCUCCGGCAGAUUCGGUCGGGAAAUACCAAACAGCGCAUAGACGAGUUUGAGUGUAUGUGAUGUGUCUUUUUUACAACUGCUAUAGUCCCCACAGCAGUGCCAUAUUUGGUCCAUUCAUUCUAGACUUCUGACCUGCCUUACAAAAGCUACAGGGCAUUCUACCCAAACAAGGCCAGUAUAAAUAUCAAAGAACAAAGUACAGCACAAUGUAUGUGAAUAAGGGUACAGAAAUCACAUUACAAGUUAUAUAAUUCACAAUUUUUAAAUGAAUUGAAGCAUCAGUUAAUAAGGGAGAUUUUUUUUAUUGAAUAACGGUUUAAAGUGAAAAAGAUUGGAUAACUUGUCCUGCCUUUGAAAUUGAUUAAUAGAUUGAGUGUGAUUUAUUGAUUAUCACUCAUCACUUGCACUGUUUUAGACUGAAAAUUAAUAAACAACUAAAUGCAGGACAGCAGGAUUAUGAAGUACAAUAUUGUUGAUCACAUACUGUUUUUGAGCAGAUUGGUUUGAGUUGGACAAUUGACUGUAAGCAUUAUCCACAACUGAAUAGAGAACACCAAGCUGUAUUUAGAUUUGUUUAAUUUUCUAAUUGUAAGCAUUUAAAGAGAUGUUUGCUCAUAUUAAGAAAAGGAAAUAUUUGUAUGGAGAUCCUUAGCAGUAUUACUUUAACAUAAGACCAUAUGAAACAAGUGCUGGAGUGCCAAAUUUUCCUUAUUCAGAGACACACAGAGUUUUUCUGAAUGACUCUUUAUAGACCACGUGUAUCUGCUAUUACAUAUAGCCGUGCACACUAGUAGCUACCACAACUUGGGUUUUCUUUUGUAUAUUAAUCUUUUGCUAAAUCUUGUAUUGUAUGGCAGUUGAAGCAAUAUAAUUCCAUGGGCUGCUUUGAAGGAUUUAUUUUAUCAUUUGGAUAAUUGAAUAAAACAAGUUUCUAUGUGUAAAAUGGAGGAGUUAUUACUGGUAUUAAGAGUCCCUUAAGUGUCCUUUGGUCAAUUAAAUUAUAUGAAUGACUGGAAUCCUCCAGCCAAAAUAAAAACAAGGAUGAAUAUUGUAUGUAUUUCUGCAGACCUUUGCUGCUUGAGAAGUCCAUUUUCAUUGUCAUUAAAUGUGGAAACUACACAA